AUGUCUGAUUCUCAAUCUUUCUCGUAACAGUGCACAGAGCUUUAGAAAAUUUACGUCACGCGUAAUCUACGUAGACCGGAGUAGAGUUCAAUAAAUAUACAAACUUGUCAGAUCGAUCCGCAAUGGCUGGAAUUAAAGACUGGUCCUGCUAGCAUUUGCUGGUUCUAUUGGAAUGACAUUUGUCAUUCUUGGCUGUGCAUUACCAAUAUAUAAGGUAUGGUGGCCAUUUUUUGUUGUACUGUUCUACAUAUUGGCACCUAUUCCAACCAUAAUAGCACGCCGAUACACAGAUGACUCGGGAAGCACCAGUAAUCCAUGUUUAGAGUUGGCGAUAUUUAUCACUAUGGGAUUUGUAGUAUCAUCCUUCGCUCUUCCGAUUGUAUUAGCACGAUCACCAGUGGAUCAGCCAGUGAUACAAUGGGGAGCUUGCUAUUUGACAUUAGCAGGUAAUGUUGUUGUGUACUCAACUCUAGUCGGAUUUUUCAUAACUUUUGAUCAAGAUGACACUGAUUACAACAUGUGGUGAAGCACAGCUAAUUGUACUUAUCCAUCAUGAAAAAACGUUUUUUAUGAGAUUAAAAGAACAACUCAUACGGUGCAUUGACUGAACAGCUGUGCAUUGAUUCUAAAUUGCUAUAAACUUAUUGUACACGGUUUACAUAAUAUAAACCUUAAUAUGGAUACCCUUUAUUGAUGCAAGAAAAAAAUAGUACUAUAGUGCACUAACGAUAGAAUGUAUCAAUGAUACUAUACUAUUUGUUGGGUGAUCAAACGUCGAAUUUCACACGUGCUACAAAGCUGCAAAGAAAAAAGCACUUGUAGCUUAAUUUGGAUUUUUCGUAUGAGAGUAUUUAGGGCAGCCUGAAGCGCAGCAAUGUAAGGGUGACGUUGAAAAUAUUUUUUAUUUAAUCUAAGUCUUUCGUAAUAAUAAUAAUGAUAAUAAAACUA